AUGCUUGAUAACAUCUUAAGACAACAAACGCUUGCAAGUGUGUCACGAUACCGAUCGCUCAAAAGUACAUUGGGAGAAAACCAAAAGGAGAGUGUGUUUAUAAACGAUGCUAUAUCAUCUUCAAAGGAUAUCUACGGCCAAGAUAAGCAAAAGUUAAAGAUGUCUGAAACAUCAAAGUAUUUUCAAUGUGAAAAUUGCGGAAGAAGUAUUGCAGGGGGUAGAUUUGCUCAACAUAUGACAAAAUGUCUCGAAAGAAGGCGCAAAUAG